GUCACUUUUGUGUCACAGGUCACGUGUGUGUGUGUUUGUAGCAGCGGUACUAUCAGUCUGGUCAUAGAUUCUCGAAAUGGACACAGAUUAUGCAGAACAAAAUUCACUAUAGAAAGGUAUCGACAUUUCAGAGGGGGUUCAGACAGUUAUUCUGAUGAGUGUGUUUGUAGUUUAAGAGAUAUUGGAAAUGUUACACAGCACUUGUCUCCCACGGAGGAUAACGCUAUUAGCAUAAGAUGAUGAUAGCGAGCUAGCUUAGCUAAGUUUCUGUCUCCAUAGGUUUUAAUGGAAGAUUUGUGGUCAUGUUAGCGUUAGCCGACCGGUACAGACAUAAGUGUUAAAGUCAAUGACACGUCUUACUCUCUGAAGUUACUGCUUGUUCAGAGAAAUAGCUGUAUUUGCGUAAAGCUACAUUAAUACCAUGUGUUGAAUCUGUCAGGUAUAGGGAGGAGGAGGAGGAGGUAUUUUGUCCUUUCUCUGUUUGGGUUAAGUUGACAGCUCUAACGCAGCACUGACCGGACUAUCUCUGACUCCGCACAGCACCUUCCAGAAGUCCAGCACCGAUCCCCGCUACAGCGAGGAUGUUUCCCAGUCUGGCCCACAGACCGUGGCAUGCCUUCUGCAGGGUCUCCUUGCAGCACAGGGCCCCCCUGUCUCAGCGGUCCCCGAGGUUCUCCCAGCUGAGCUACGGUGAUAUACUCUCAUAAAACUCUCACUUUCUGUGGCUUUAAACCCGAGUGUUAGUUUUCUGUGUAACACACCCAUUUCGUUUGUUCUGUGUAGGUUGGCAGAAUGGAGGCAUUCACAGUUUGUGGUUCAGCUUUCCAGACUGCCGUGUCACCUCUCUCGGGCUGGGAAAAGUGCACUACUACUCUACCUCUGGUAAUGGUAAAGAUGGUCCUCCUAAAUCAGCAGCAGGUGAACCUCCAUCAGCAGAGAAGAUCUUGUCAGCUUCACCAGGUGAUAAUCCACUAUUGUGUUCUUAAACUGUUUGGAUUAUUAGAUUGUGUUUGGUGUGGGCUCUUCUAUUUCACCCUUCUGCUUGUCUGCCAACGCAAACUUGAUUCUUAAGGUUAUCGUGAAUAAUAAUAAUAAUAAAUUUUAUUUAUAACACGCUUUUACAGGUGCUCAAAGACGCCUUACAAUGAAAAAGAAGAAAAUAAAAUGAAUUAAACACAAUUUAAAAUACAGAGAAUUAUGAGAAAUAAAAUCAAUGAUGUAAAAGGUUAAAAAAGGCAUUAUUAUUAUUAUUAUUGUUGUUUUUGUUGUUGUUGUUACUAUCAUUAGUCAUAGUAGUAGUAGUAGUGGUAGUAGUAGUAUUGUUGUUGUUAUUAUUAUUGUUAGUCAUAGUCAUAGAAGUAGUAGUAUUGUUGUUGUAUUUGUUGUCAUUAUUAUUAUUAUUAUUAGUUGUAGUAGUAGUAGUUGUAUUGUUGUUGUUGUUGUUGUUGCUAUUAUUAUUAUUUUGAUUAGUCAUAGUAGUAGUAGUAUUGUCAUUGUUGUUGUUAACAUUAUUAAUAUUAUUAUUAGUCGGAGUAGUAUUGUUGCUGUGUUGUCAUUAUUAUUAUUAGUUGUAGUAGUAGCAGUAGUGUUGUUGUUGUUAUUGUUGUUAUUAUUAGUCGUAGUAGUAGUAGUAUUGUUGUUUUUAUUGUUAUUUUUAUUAGUCAUAGUAGAAGUAGUAUUGUUGUUGUUGUUGUUGUUGUUAUUUUUAGUAUUAUAAGCAGCUGCAUGCCCUGUCAGUGCAAUCAUCAGGGAACAAUUGUAGCUCCAGUCUAAUUGAAUGAUUUUCUCUUAAAGGGUCAUCACCCAAGGGGCUGACAAAAGCUGAGACAAUUCAAGUGAAAGGUAACAGAUCUGUGUAUGCUCCACAUCAGACUCACAACACAACUACUACAGUGUGACUAAAACCGUGUUCUCAUCUAUUGCAGUCCGGGCAGUCCUAAAGAAAAGGGAUUAUGGAGCCAAGUACACAAAGAACAAUUUUAUCACAGCAGUCAGAGCCAUGAAUGAGUUCUGCCUCAAACCCAGGUAACUUUUGUUCCCAGAGAUGUUUUGGUGAAUGAUUCAGCACUGAACUGUGCUCUUGGAGACGCUGGCAGACCGCAGCCUGAAUUCCUUUGAGUUAAUUGUGGCCGUGCUGUUGUGAUUAGCUGAUAGUACGCUUCUUAACAUCAUUUCUCACUGGACCUUUUUUUUCUUUUUUACCAUUCCUUCCACCCCUCUCCCCCUUCUUGAUGGCAGUGAUCUCGAGCAGCUUCGGAAGAUCAGAAGGCGCAGCCCUCAUGACGACACAGAAGCUUUCACUGUGUUUCUGCGAUCUGACGUGGAGGCAAAGUUAGUUCAUUUAAGAAUACAUCAAAAUAAAGAUGUACAGUUUUUUUAAUGAAUAAUUUUAUUUAAAUCUUAUUCAUUCAUUUAUUUCUUUGUGUGACCAUCAGAGCUCUUGAUGUUUGGGGUAGCCAUGAAGCUUUGGCCCGGGAGAGAAAUCUCAGGAAAGAGGUGGAGAGAGAGUACCAAGAGAGUAGGUUGAAUAUUUGUUUCCUUUGUUGGAUUCGAAUCAAAGUAAACAUACAAUCCACCGUACUUCAGGAAGGAUCAAAAAAUGUUUACUUUGUGGCAGGCAGAUAGAGGAGAGGAUCAAUACAACUCUAAUAUUUGUUUGUUUGUAAAUGAUUAGGUUAGUUUGGUUUGGUUAGUUAGGAGAGUUGAAUAACUCCCAGUAUACUAUCAAAUGAAUCCAUCAUUUCACUGAUUUGUGAAACAUGACCUUUAAGAAAAACAAAAACAAGUAAAACAGUUGAUGCAUUUGUCAAGAUGCUAUUUGCUAAUAUUUUUUUGCUAUAAGUAUUUCCUUGGUAGUAGUUAGACUUCAAGGGUUGCUGAUCAAAACUAAGAAAGGUCUAACAUCUGAUCCUUGCAUCAAGAAAGGAUCACGUGUCUGCAUGCAUUUAACAAACAAGAUACAGUGUGUUCAUUUAGUUAUACCAUUGACAAUUUAUGCUGUCAUUUCAGCGAAGUUGUGAUAGGGUUAGAGUUUCAUGCUAAGCAAGCACACAGUCUGUCAGCUUAAUUCUUGUAUUAAACAAAGAAAAACCUAAGUACUUUCAUUUCACCCUUAAACUGAAGACAAAUAAGCAGCUUGUGUUGUGUGUGAGUUGAUUUUUUUUCUCUUUUGUUCAUCUUUAGAUAUAUUUCGAAAUCAGCAGCUGUUGAAAGAGUACAAAGACUUUUGGGGAAACACUAAGGUAAGCAGCUUCAUGAAGAAGAAAUCCAGCUAUUCCUGCCCAAGAGGUGUAUUUGUAUGUUUGCCCCUUUAACAGAGUUCACAGCAUCUAUAUGACAAUGUCACUAUGUGUUGCAUUCAUGCAGGCACUGCUGUUUACUGUUGGGUGUGGAUGGUUUUUUUCAAUGACUAUUAUACUGUGCUGCACCUUUCUGGCAUGUCAUCGCAUAUUCUAUACUCUACCAGCUUGUUGAUUGUUCCCACAGUGUGCUUAAUGCAGUAACAUAAACUAUAAAGGGUUGUCCAAAUAGAAGGAGUACCUUCAUUUUUUGCGUGUGCUUUAAAAGGUGCUCCUUAUAUUUUGUCCACUUUACGAACAAACGUGUUACUCAGUAGAAAUAGAGUUAGCGCUCUUGUAUCGGGUCGCAUUAGGUUGCUCAUGCAUUCUUGAUAUUCAGGCCGAUCAGCAUAUUUGCAUUUAUCUUAAAACCACCAGCUAAACUAACAGACAAUAAAGUCAAUCUUCUCUCUUUUCUUUUUACAAAAAUCCUUUCAGACUGUUUUUUGGUUGUAGUUUUGUCCUUGUUUGCCUCAGUGUGACUCAUUAUAUUUUCUUUGUUUCAAACAGCCUCGAUCAGGAAAGAGGGGAACUUUUCUACAAGGGCCUGGGAAGGUAGUCAUGGUCGCUAUUUGCAUGUAAGUUUGCAUACUUUCCACCAUCUCACCUGCUGUUAAUGCUGUUUAGUUGAAUAGUACAGUCUGUCAGACUCCCCUGAGCUAAAGAGCAGCAAGUGUGAGGUUUGGAAAAUGGAACACUGAAGCUGAACAAAAAUAGUGUGCUGAUAUCACAUGUUAUAAUACAGCCACAGACUACAAGUGGACUUAAAGCUGUUUCAAAACUCUUGUUUGAGAGAAUUGCCGAGUUUGACUUUCUCAAGCUCUAAAGAUGAGAAAAUGCGUUGGACCUUGUCUCACAUGAGGCACGUUGAUCUAUUGGAUUAGGAUGAUUGUGUUAGAGGACAUGUGCAGUCACAUGAGCAGCAGAAUGUUUCCUUCAAUGAACAUGCACAAAGACUCACGGGACUCGACUGAUGAACUUCUCAUUCAGGAUAUUAUUAAAGAACAUUUAAACAUAAAAUCAAGAGUAUUUUACAGUAAAACACAGUAGUUUAAAAAUGCAUACUUUGAAUAAUGGUAUAUUGUUUAAUGUAACUUCAAGAAAAUGUUUAAAACCUCAGUGUUGUCUCUGGGUUCACUUUGUUUACAGGUUUGCCCUCUCUUAAUCUUGAAGUUUAUUCCUCUGUAUAAUUCAUCCAACUCUUCUUAUCUCGUCAGCAAUGGGCUGAACUUCUUUUUCAAGCUCCUGGCUUGGGUCUACACUGGAUCAGCAAGCAUGUUCUCUGAAGCCAUCCACUCUCUGGCCGAUACGUGCAACCAAGCUCUGCUCGCCCUGGGGAUCAGCCAGUCUGUCCGCAACCCUGACGCCGGGCACCCGUAAGAAUCACAUUGUAUUACUUUGUCAACGAUGAGAGGAAUGUGGGCGCUCCUGAAAGACAAAAUAGGUCAAUAUUACACAUGAGAGUGAAGUGAAAUAGAAAGUGAAAAAGAAAGUAGCUAGAGUCAAAGUGAAACUGUUCUCCGUGAUGUUCAUAAACAGGAGUACGUUUUAUAAACAGAGUAGAUGUUUAUGAAGAAUAAUGAUGGCCAGAAGGGAAAGAAAAAGAGCAUACUCUGUGAAAAUCUAGCUAAAUAAUGAGAAUAAUAAGAAUUUUUUCAUUGAUAGAGCACUUCUCCAAAAUCCACACUAUCAAGCGCUUCAAAGAAAAAUGUUUAAGCAACAAUUUUCCCAGGAAUCUUUAUGUUUAGAGAUUCUAGAUAGUUUGAGGAUGUCAAAAACAUGACUGUACAAGUUCAGUGAUGUCUUGUUCAAAUCAAAUUGCUGUCAAGCCAGAUGCCAAGUUUCCCUUCAACGGGUUUGAUGUGAUCCACUAGAAACCCAGCAGGUGGCAGAUUUUGUUUAAGCAGCUGCUGGGAUUUUUUUUUUUAAAGACAUCCAGUUUUUAAUGUCACAUAUACAGUCAUGUCAUGCACUCAACAUGAAUAGCAAAUGAAUAACAUUAGCAUAAAAAUGGAAGGAGACACCAUAUUUUUGUGCCAAGUGCUCAAAAAUAGUGUAUAAAGAAAUAAUAUAGGACUCAGAACAGACCCCUGGGGCACACCGUGUUUGGGAUAAGGAUAUGAAGAUGAGGUUAUUCACAGCAACACAGCUGUACUCAAGACCUCAUGUGAUUUUCAGGUACGGCUUCUCCAACAUGCGCUAUAUCGCCUCCCUCAUCAGUGGAGUGGGCAUUUUUAUGAUGGGAGCAGGCCUCUCCUGGUACCAUGGCAUCAUGGGAUUGCUGCACCCAGAACCUAUGGAAUCUUUGUUAUGGGUGAGUUUCUGUUUCAGCUCUCGUAAGUAGAGCACGAUGCAAAAUGUGUUCCUUAAAAUAUGAUCAAUAAUAACAUUUCUGUGUUACAGGCUUACUGUAUUUUGGCAGGUUCUCUAGUAUCUGAAGGAGGUGCGUUAAAAAUUGAAAAUCAUAAACUGUUGAAGUCUUUAUUAAAAAUGUGGAUUUUGUGCUGAAAUCUCUCUCUCUCUUUGUUUCCACUUCUCAGCCACAUUACUAGUAGCUGUCAAUGAGAUAAAGAAGAGCGCCCAGAUGCAGGGAUUGUCUUUUUAUGAAUAUGGUAUGUAAACUUUCUUUUUGCAACCAGCAGCUUUUGGGGCCUUAAGACACAAAGACAGCAUUGAUAAGAUUGAGGUCAUUCUAGUCUUUCCUUAUUAAAAAUUCAGGUAAAAUGUCCUCAAGAUGCUUGAUUGAAAUGCAAAGAUCACUCAAGAUUGAAUUAAAACACUACAAAACAGGCCCAUUCCUAACAAUACAACCAAAUGGCAAAAGUUUUGUUUUAAUCUGACCAGGUUAUAAUCCUGCUGGGGUGAAUAUGUCCUCUCAGGUAAAAUGAAACCAGGUGUUUUCUGUCACGGUACACAUCCAGGCCAAAUCACUUUGCAUGCUGUGAGGGGAAGUUUGAAACCUGAUAGACACGAGGCCGCCAAUGACACAGACUGAUGUAAUGUGGAUGCAUGACACUUGAAAAUUCAGAUUGGGUUCAUGUUUUAUUGCUUUGUCUUGUGCGUGCAGUCAUGCAGAGUCGAGACCCGAGCACGAAUGUAGUGCUGCUGGAGGAUGCUGCUGCUGUUUUAGGAGUCAUAAUGGCUGCUGGCUGUAUGGGGCUCACCUCACUCACAGGUAAACAAAGACUCUAUGGUCUGGUCUCCUCACUUCACAAGUUAUAUAAGCUACAUCCCUCAAAACAUAUUACGUUUAUGGACAGGGUAGACUUCCAUUGACGUUAUUAACAAUAUCUUAAGAUUUCUGUAUUAAAAUAAAUCAAGCGGUGACGUAGUUGUAGCAAUUUUUGUAUUUGCAGCCUUUCACAGUUAUGACAUAUUAAUUCUAUUCCUUAUUUUCUUUAUCUGUAACAAGAUACCUCAAUGAUUCUUCACAAAUAAAGAAAUUAUUCAGGGCUCAACAGUGCGACCAUUUCACUCGCCUGUGUGACAAAAAAUAGAUGUGUGCGAAUUGUAAAAUGUGUUUUGGGCCGCAUGUGUGCGUUAAAAAAAUUAGCUGAGACAACAAAUGUUUUUUUCAUGUAAAUACCGCAGUGAAGUUGGUUUUAGGUUGGAUACUCGACGGACAUUCACCGCGGCUCUACAGGUGUCUUCUCACUCCCCAUAACCGGGAAUAGCAACAGCAGUGCGGUUAAAUGUAUUCGGCAACCUCCCUGUCAACGUCGGGUGUUGAAUAAGGGACCAUCAAUAAAUUACCAGUUGAUGUUCUCAGAAAAGAAUGUUUUCCUUCAAUAGCUUCCAUGUCAUGUGACCAAUUGACCUAAAAUUGAUUUCAAAUGAUAGUACUAAGGUCAGACAAUAAGACAAACAUUAUUUGAUCAAUUUUCAUUGUGCCCCUAAAGUUCUUUGUGUGCACCUUACUUUUUCAACUUAGGAGCACAUGUGCCCCUUGUGAAAAAAGUUAGACUGUGUCCGAAAUGAAUCACUUAAUCCCUAAUCCCUAACCUCCAUAUGGGGUUUCACUAUAUAGUUGACUAUGUAGUGAACUCAAUCACCAGAGGUUUCAGACACUACAUGGCAAGACGCAAUGCAUGACGGGAUGCCCACCGCCGGUGAGUGACCAUCGGAUGGUCACUACAUUUUGCAAUGCUCUAUGGGAAAUUUUGAGUCGCCUAUAUGGGGCAUUGGAAUUGAUCACUCAGGUUUCGGACACCCCUCAAAAUGGCGCUAACCCCCAUAUAGUCGCCUAUAUAGAGGUUAGGGAUCCAUUUCGGACACAGCCUUAGUGUCAAGCUCUGUUAUUUGAAAACGUCAUCUUCUUUAUCGCUGCUGUGAUUUAUUGUGAUGUGCUAACUCACCCUUGUAUUAAUCUUUCACUUCUCUGUUCUGCUCCUUUAAUCUCAUAUUAAAAUGUUGACAAUAACCAGAAGUAUCCUUCACCUGUGUUGUUCCAGGUAACCCGUACUACGACAGUAUAGGUUCCCUCGGUGUUGGCACGCUGCUGGGCGCUGUCUCAGCCUUCCUUAUCUACACCAACACAGAGGCUCUGCUGGGACGCUCCAUACAGGCAGAGCGUGUGCAAAAGCUUACAGAGUUCCUCGAAAACGACCCAGCUGUGAGGUCAGAGAUUGAGCCUAAUCACACUCAAAAAGAACACGCACACAUCCGCGAUUCAUGCAGCAGGAUUGGAUUUUACGUGUGAAUUUCAAAUAAUCCUGAGUCAUUAUCCAAACACCAGCAACAUGAGCACAUGUUUCUUCCACUGGUGUUAGUGGACAACACUGGAGCUUAAAAUAGAUCAUCUGGUACUUACUGGUCUUUCCAUGCAACCAUCUGUGGAGUGUCACACACAGGGCACUGCACAUGAAGUUAACAUACCUUGUUUUUUGAGACAUUGAAAGUAAAGACUUCUGUGAUGAACACAUUCAAAAGAAAGUUUUGUUGUUGCUGAAGUAAAAUCCUGAGUUGUGUUGUGAAGAUUUCCUAAUAAGUUGUGUGUUAUUUCGAGCAGGGCCAUCCACGAUGUGAAGGCCACUGACAUGGGGCUGAGUAAAGUGCGCUUCAAGGCUGAAGUGGACUUUGAUGGACGAGUGGUUACACGGUCUUAUCUGGAAAAACAAGACAUUGACCAAAUCCUCAAUGUAAGUCCCUCUUCAGUCAUUUUCUUACGUACCUAUUUUCAUAAUAUUUGCUUUCCCUUAUAUGAAAGAAAUAUAUGCUCCUCCCUGUUCAGCUGUAUUUUGGGUGUGUCGUGUAGCUGUUUGACUUUGUUUUUGUAUUCAAAACAGAGUGUUCAAAGAUACUCUUGAUAUCACAAUGAGCAAAAACGAAGAAACCAGCAACCAACCAAUAUUGUCUGCUUCCUAUAUCUGGCACACAAAAACCACAAUGAUCAGUUCAUGAGUAGAGAUUAGGAUUAUAUCUGUUGAAACUGUACUUGUGAAUGUUUGCAGUAGAAAUCUGAUUCCACUAAACAAGCAGGUUUUUCUUUGUUUAAGCUCAUUAAACUAACAAAACCUCUGCAGUAAAAGUCAACUUUCAGUCACGCAUGCCUGUUUCUCUCUGCAGGACAUCCAACAAGUGAAGACCCCCGAGGAGCUGGAGAACUUCAUGCUUAAACAUGGAGAGAACAUCAUUGACACCCUGGGGGCUGAGGUGGACCGCCUGGAGAAAGAGCUUAAGGUAUUUCAAUAAAAGAUCAAGUUGGUUGACUGAAGAAGCAACAUGCAUUGAAACCCCUUUUCUUAACCACUGUAUGAUUUCACUGUGGAUGUAUGUUUGUAAACAGAUACAUUUAGGAGUAUUAAAAAGAGGCAGUGACUGGGGGUGUGUGAUAUUGACCAAAAAUAUGAUAUUUUGGGGGGAUUUUGCCAAUAAGGAUAAUAGACAAUAUUAUGCAUCACUGAAAAAUGUGUAAAAAAGUGAUUAAGUGAUCGCAAACAAUAUAAUAACUUAUGGUAAUAAUAACUUUAUUUGUAUAGCACUUUUAAAAAGAACAGAAGUUUACAAAGUACUUUGACAUGUAGUCAUAGAGCACAUGGAAAAAGACAAAAACAAAAAGCUCAGUAAUAAUGGAAUUGAAGGCCAUUUUCAUGUCAUAAGGAAGCCAGACAAUACAAGAACCAUGCAACAUAAAAUGAGACCAUGAGGACCAAAAUAAAAACAUAAAAUAGUUAAUAAAAAAUAAAAAGCAAUUAAAAGGGAGGAAGAAAGCGGAAACAGGAUAGUAAAUAUAGGAGGUAAUAUCAACAAUGAUAAUUAAAUAAUAACAGGUGAUCCUGGUAAUAAAAGUAAUGAUAAAAUAAAGCAACAGAAAUGAGCAAGAGAUAAAACAAUAAAAGGCCUAAAAGGUUAAUUAAGAGUACAAGUAUAACAAAAGCUAAAAAGACGGUAAAACCGAAAUAAGAUAUAGGGAAAAGAGAUGAGAGAUGACAGAUAAGCAAGACCUUUGAGUGCUUUAAAAGUAAUCAAUAAAAUCUUAAAAUUCUAAAACUGACAGGAAGCCAGUGAAGGGAGGCUAAAAUUGGAGUGAUGUGAUGCCGUCGACUAAAACUAGCUAAAAGCCGAGCUGCUGCAUUUUGAACUAGCUGGAGGCGGGAGAGUGAUUUCUUAUUUAGACCAGGUAGGAGAGAGUAACAGUAGUCCAGCCUUGAGAAAAUGACAGUGUGGAUUAUUUUCUCGAGAUCUGGUGGGGUGAGUAUUUAUUUAAUCUUUGAAAUGGAGCGCAGGUGAAAAAAGCAGGACUGGUCGAUCUUAUUGGUAUGGGUGGAGAAGGUGAGGUCUGAAUCGAGGGUUACUCCCAGAUUUCUGGCUGUUGGUUUGAUGGUUGCCGAGACAAGACUGUAUGAGGGGGGAUUUUUGUAUGUUACAGAGAAUUAUUUCAGAUUUUUGAAUAAUUUAGCUGAAGGAAAUUUUGUGCCAUCCAACAGUUAAUGUCACUUAGACAGUCCAUGACAGCAGCUGGGCUUCUUGGGUCCUCAGGUCUACUACUCGACUUAUUAGAAAAUAAAAUUGGACCUAAAACUGAACCUUGCGGUAUACCACAGACAAUAGCAGAGGUAGAGGAGGUGUGAUUGCCUGUGGUGACCGCAAAGGUUCGCUCGAAAAGAUACGACUGAAACCAGCUAAAUGUAGUGCCCCUGAUACCCACCCAGUUUUUGAGACGACAAACAAGCUGCUUCUUAGCUCAGAAAAUGCACGUUAUAAGUAUAAGAACAGAGAUUUGUAAGUAACCUUGUCAUGUUCAUCCACAGCAACGUAACCCAGAGGUCCGUCACGUAGACUUGGAGAUCCUAUAAAACUUUUUUUGGCUCUCUGCUGAGGGGACAUCAUGUCGGAAGGGGAAGAACCUACGAGAGGAAAAGGUGAAAGGAGGGUCAAGCCUGCCUCCCCAGUCUUGCCAUGCAUCCAGAUCAUCACAAAACACACCACAGUCUCUGCACAAGUCAUCAAGUCUUACUGUAGAUUAGUCCAACUUACACACAAGGACAGCGUUCGGACAGUGAUUGUUUUAUUUGUGUUGCUCGAGCUUCGGUUACUCAAACCAAGACUUCAACCUGAUAAACAGAGAAACACGCAUUCAAAGUGUGCGUUUCUGACCACAGACUCAAGACUGUCAGUAAUAUCUGUGUAUAUCUUCAACCGCUCAAACACACAAACACGAGACGGUUCAGCCUUACAGCUUGAGCUCACAUUCCUCCUUGAAUGUGUCUUGAGAGAAAAUCAUGACAACUUUACAAAAAUCUCAAAUACAGGACCAGUGUCAUUUUCAAGACCUAAUGCUUGAACCACAGUGAUAGUAUUUCCUUAUUUAGUUAAAAGGAAGCCAGAGAGCUACAUGUUCAAAAGAGACUUAUUUAAUAGACAAUAUUAGUUUUUUUUCUCUUUGUUUUAUCAUUCAAACCGAGGAGCUGAAACAGCACGAUGCUGCUGCUGAGGCUUUCUCUGGAUAAUUAGAUUUUAUUGCUAUUACAGAAAAUAUUAACGUGAUUGUACGACAGAGCUGAAGUUUAAUACAAUAGCACUUAAUCAGCUACUGCCUAUAGGAUGUGUUAAUCUUUACACAGGGUCAAAUGAAAAAAAAAAAGUGAAGAUCUUACUCGUAAAGAAGCGACAACAGCUGUCAACAUGAAAAAAGGCAUCCAGAUUAUCACCCUGUACAGUAUGUGUACCAAAUGAUCAAGUGAAUAAUCUCCCACUCUGUGUUUCCGCUGAAUAAUCUCUAUAAACAGUGACUGUGUUUUUGUUCUGCAUAUUUGCAACAGCUGAAGCAUGGCCCACACCUGCCUGUCCCGUCUCAAAAGGUGGGCCAGCAAAGACAUUUCAUCUUAGUCAUGGAGGGGGAACUUGUGGAUAUAUAUUUUUGAAGGUGUUAAUAGUGUAAUAUUUGCCAUUUGGUUAUAACUAUGUUGUCACUGCUGAAGGAGUUGGAAUAAAUUUGAGUAAUUUAUUAAAUUAUUUUGCUUUCA